UUUGCUAAUUGAGUUUAAAAUUAUUGUUUAAUUAAAAAAAUUUGUACGUUUGAAAGAUAAGAAAAAUUUAAGAAGAAAAGAGGAAAGUGAAAGAAUGGAAUGAUUGAUGUCUAAUUAAUACUACAUCGGCUGCAAAAAACGCAGUGGCGUAGUGUGUAAAUACUAUAUAACGCAUUUCGCUGCGCGGCUUCCCUAGCAUUUCUGUGAUUCUGUCUCUCUCCCACCAUUCAACUCUGCCUUGAUCGAGAUGGCCAGCAACGAGAGCUCCGCCGCAACCCGUACGGAGGAGGCGGCGCCGGACCUUGCGAAUGGAUCCGACGAGUCUAGCGCUAGUAAAGUUGCAGCUGAAGAGGUAGUGAAUGAAGUUAUAGACCUAACUCUGGAUGAACCCCAAGAAGCUGCAAAGAAGAAGAAGAAGAAAAGUAAAAGCAAGAAGAAAAAAGAACCGUCUCAGCAAACUGAUCCACCAUCAAUUCCUGUAGUUGAACUUUUUCCGUCUGGAGAGUUUCCGGAGGGUGAAAUUCAACAGUAUAAGGAUGAUAACUUGUGGAGAACUACAUCUGAGGAAAAGAGAGAACUAGAGCGAUUAGAGAAACCAAUUUAUAAUUCAGUUCGCCAAGCGGCAGAAGUCCAUCGUCAGGUCCGGAAAUACAUCAGGAAAAUCGUGAAACCUGGAAUGUUGAUGACUGAUCUGUGUGAGACCUUGGAGAACACAGUUCGUAAAUUGAUAUCUGAAAAUGGUUUACAAGCUGGCAUUGCAUUCCCUACUGGAUGCUCAUUGAACUGGGUUGCUGCCCAUUGGACUCCAAAUUCUGGGGACAAAACUGUGCUUCAGCAUGAUGAUGUGAUGAAACUGGAUUUUGGGACUCACAUUGAUGGGCGUAUUGUGGACUGUGCAUUUACUGUGGCAUUCAAUCCCAUGUUUGACCCGCUGCUUGCAGCCUCCCGUGAAGCCACGUAUACGGGUAUCAAGGAAUCUGGAAUUGAUGUGCGCUUGUGUGAUGUUGGUGCUGCUAUUCAAGAGGUCAUGGAGUCGUAUGAGGUCGAAAUCAACGGAAAGACAUUCCAGGUUAAAAGUAUUAGAAAUUUGAAUGGGCACAGUAUUGGGCAAUAUCAGAUCCAUGCAGGCAAAUCUGUACCAAUAGUAAAAGGAGGAGAGCAAACAAAAAUGGAAGAGGGUGAAUUUUAUGCCAUCGAAACUUUUGGAUCCACGGGGAAAGGAUACGUGAGAGAAGACCUCGAGUGUAGCCAUUACAUGAAGAAUUUCGACGCUGGUCACAUCCCACUGCGGUUGCCUAGAGCAAAACAACUCUUGGCAACUAUCAACAAGAACUUUUCUACCUUGGCUUUCUGCAGACGUUAUCUAGAUCGCCUUGGAGAAACCAAGUAUUUGAUGGCGCUAAAGAACUUAUGCGACACUGGCAUUGUUCAGCCAUACCCUCCUCUUUGUGAUAUUAAGGGCAGCUACGUAUCUCAAUUUGAGCAUACAAUUUUGCUUCGUCCAACAUGUAAAGAAGUGGUUUCAAAAGGUGAUGACUACUGAUGAAGAAGACAUUUCAAGAAUCUAUCUACUUCUUCAAUAUUGUUAUACUUGUUGUCACAUGGCUUUUCUGCUCGGAUUCCUUAUAAACUAGACUCUUUUGUGAAUCAUCUUCUCUUUGUUGUUUUGUUUUCCUUCGAGAAUGAGAGUAUAAUUUGUUUUGUGCAA